CACGAUCAGCCAGGACGUUCAAGUGGAAAGCUUACCAAAGAUGGCAGACAUUAAACCAAAACCACGGUACACUCCAGGUGUAGUUAAGGAGGAAGAUAUAAUUCGAAUCAAGGAUAAUAAAGGAAAUGUGAAGGAGAUGAUGGAAGUUGAAGGCAUGGUGGUCCCCUGUGGUAUGAUCAGGAGUGGACAUAUCCCGGAUAUUAGAGAGAACGUGAAGAAAAUACGAGAUAUGAAAUGUCGAGAUGACGACAUGUUUCUAUGUUCUUUCAUGAGAUCAGGUACCCAUUGGGUCUGGGAGAUCACCAAUAUGUUGACAACUGGGAAGCUCGAAUACCUAACGCGGCCGAAGGAAUCUGCCAUGAUGGAAAUCCAUUACCCUGAGGAGUUUGACGAAAUGCCAUCACGAAGGAUCUUAAAUACACACUUUCCGCUGCGAUUGCUGCCAACAGACGUGAAAGAAAAAAAACUUAAAGUCAUCUUACUCCAAAGAAACCCUAAGGAUGUUACUGUCUCAUCUUACCAUUUCUUACAGAAAAGUAAACAGAUGCUAUUCAAAGGAUCAUUUGAAGACUUUUUUAUGAUGUUUAUAAAAUCAGGGGUAAUGGUAAGCUGGUUUGACUACACCCUUGAGGCAGAAAAAGCUGUUAAAGAUAAAGAACUAGAUAUCCAUUUAGUCUACUACGAGGAACUGAAAAAGAACCCCGUCCCAACUAUAAAACGUCUCUCGGACUUCCUCGGUACUAACUGUGACGAUGCAUAUAUUACGGAAGUAGCGAAAAUGUGCAGUUUCAAAGGAAUGAAGAAAGCAAACGAAGAUGUCAAAGACACUGAGAAGUAUAACUUUGAGAAAGACAUUAUGAAGAGUCAUUAUCGGAAAGGUGAGAUCGGAGACUGGAAGAACAUGAUGACCGUGGCACAGAAUGAACAGUUUGACGAACUAUUCGCUGACAAGAUGAAGGACUCUUCUUUCAAGUUUGACUUUUCGAAGUAAAUGAAGGAAAUGCCAUUGGACCCAUUUGUGACAUUUAAAGAAUGAGCAUUUCCGGUUGUUACUUAACGUCUGCUUUUUCACUACCAAAUUCAUUUUAGGAUAUUUCUGGGUAUUCUAAGUAAACUGCAUGUAUAAACCUUUGUUGCUUUAACAGCUUGACCGAAGGUUAAGCAUUCGUUUUAAUAUUUGAAUAACUGUUUUGUAAAUAAUAAAUUUUAAAUGGGUGGUCACAUUAAAUAACCUAUCAGAACAUAUCUACAUGUGGCGGAAUGAUUUCAACGUGAACCAAUCAAUGACCAUAGGUGUGCCAGCUGUUUUCAAUUCGACGAGAAAGUAUAUUUAAAAUGUGACAACAAAUUUCAACGUCAUGUCAAUGAAUUGUUAAUAAUACAUAGGGUAUGUCAACGAUCACUUUUGUGUGGUUUAAAGUCCUCGCAAAAACCAGCGUCACACACGGACGGUAUCAAUGAAACUUGUUUUUAUCUUUUUAAUUAUUGAAUUUUUUCGUUGAACACAAUGAAAAUUUUAAUAAGAAUAUCAUUUACGUUUUCAUUUGUUUUCUUGCUAUAGUUUGAUAUUAUGAGGAAUCAUUUUGAAACUACUACGUUCAAAUAUAUAAACUAAACUUAAAUUUUGAUUUUUGUGUCAGAUGAAUCUUGAAAAUAAUAAAUUAUUUAUUUUUAA